UUUCAGUACGGCGUCGCAGCACCGAAGUGCAGUUUUUGGAGUGUGUACAUAUAAAUGGCGGCUGACGCAAAAUGGUAUUUCACAAAGGAACAACUAGCGAUGUCGCCGAGCCGAAGAUGCGGUAUCGACGCCGAUAAAGAACUGAGUUACAGACAGCAGGCCGCAAAUCUCAUCCAGGAUAUGGGACAACGGCUCUCUGUUACGCAACUAUGCAUCAAUACAGCCAUCGUGUACAUGCAUCGAUUCUAUGUAUUCCACUCGCUAACACAGUUCCCCAGGAACAAGAUAGCGGCGGCAGCCCUCUUUCUGGCGGCGAAGACAGAGGAGCAGCCGCGGAAAUUGGAACAUGUCAUCAGAUGCGCACACGUGUGUCUUCACAGAGAAGGGUCAACUCUUGACAUGAAGUCGGAUCAAUAUUUGGAGCAGGCUAAUGAGCUGGUGUCAAAUGAAAGUGCCCUCCUUAUGACUCUGGGCUUCGAACUUGCCAUUGACCACCCUCAUACUCACGUUGUUAGGUGUUGUCACCUAGUAAAAGGUGAGUCUUUUGGUGUCGAAGUUGAUCAAGCGAACAAGGACUUAGCCCAGACUUCGUACUUCAUGGCAUCUAACAGUUUACACUUGACGACAAUGUGUCUUCAAUACCGGCCCACUGUUGUUGCCUGUUUCUGUAUUCAUCUUACUUGCAAGUGGUCAAAUUGGGAGAUUCCGCAGAGUAAUGAAGGAAAACAUUGGUUCUGGUACAUCGACAAAACUGUGACGAUGGAAAUCUUGCAAAAGUUGACGGCUGAAUUUCUACACGUAUUCGACAAGUGUCCCUCGAGACUCAAAAAGAAGAUUAAAAGCAUGAAUGAUCACCAAAGUCCGAACAUGGGUCAUCCCAUUUCAAACUCACCUUUCGAGACCGAACCUCGUAAGAUACAAUCGCCAGCGCCCGAUGGAGGUCCAACCUUUCAGUCGAAUCGGCCUCACCACCCAGUAAAACACGAACACCCAAUUAAACACGAGCAUCAGGUAAAACACGAGGAAAAGAAACCUUCGAUGCCAGCUCGGUCCUCCAUGGACGUUCGUGACUAUCGGGAAAAGAAGGAACGAGAGCGACUCGAUCGAGAAAAACAGAAUACAGCUGGGUCCUCGAGCGGACCAAGCAGUCUUCCUGAUCUCAACAAACAUCAUUCGCACCAUCAUAAACCAGUUCCUGGACCCAUUCCGCACAAGCAACCUCCAAACUCUAAUCAGAAAUCAGCACUUCACCAUAAUCACCACCACAGGCCAGAUAUGAAAAUGAGUCAGUCGAUUCCUCAAAGACACUCAAGCAGUCAACCCAGGGAACCAAAUCGAGAUCCAAGUCGUGACCCGAAUCGAGAUCCGAAUCGUGAUCCGAGUCGAGAUCCAAGUCGCGACCCGAAUCGUGAUCCGAACAGACAACGAGCUCCUCGAGAUUUUAACUCUAGUGGAACAAGUGGAUCCUCGAUGUAUCCUCACCAUAAUAUUUCGCAAAAGGAGACGAUAGACGCUUCUCAACCCGAUCCUUCUGCGAGACUUGACUCUGGAUUGCCUCAAGAGUCAGCUGUUCAUCCCAAUGUUCAAGACAGGAUGAGCAACAAUAACCACAAUGUACAUAGAAUAAGCUCACAUGAUAAAAGGUACGACCCGAGACAUAAUAAAGUACCAGAACAUCGAAAAGAGGAUCAAAAAGCCUAUCCGGAAUAUCGUGACAUGUCUCGAGUUGAUCGCCAGAGGAAGCCCGAUUCUCUGGAGCAGAGGAGUGAAGAGGUUCGGAAGCUUAUCGAGAAGCCACUGCCGCCCCCGAAACCUAAAGCUGAGGUCCAGAGGGAGGAUUAUAUUGCCCAUAUACUGAAACAGUCGCAUCAUUCCAAACAUAACCAGUCGGACAAGCUGCAGGGGAAUUCCGGACAAAGUUUGUCGAUUCCGGCCUCACCGCAGGUCCAGCAAAAGUCCUUGCCCAAACCUAUGUCGCAUCAACACUCGAGUCAUGGGAUGCAGCAGUUUGUAAAAGAGUCGGUCAAGAAUGGAAGUUCACACUCGGCGGUUCCUGUUAGCAACGAGGAAGUCAAGGUGGAAAAGAGGCCAAGACAUGAGGAGGAUAGGAGUCUGGUUCAGCAGCAAAAUGCGAUGCCAGUUAAACCCAAGUCGCUUUUCAGCCCAGAGAAAACACAGCGAGAGACGCCUCGAGAAUCUCACCAGCGGUCCAAGUCUCGGCAGAAGACACCACCUUCGGCUAAAGCUCCUAAGCAAUCUCCUCUCGAUAUGUCGGCUACUCUCAUAUCACCAUUCUCGAGCCCAUCAGGUUUGCAGCAACAGGAUAUGGUCAAGCGGCAUCCGGCCGAUGCCGCAAAUUCAUCUCACAAGCGACACCGGGGCUUGAAUGAAUUAGAUCAAUCUGCGUCCUCCAAAGACGUCCUCUCCUCCAUCUUCAAAUCAACGAACAGCAUACCUGAGCUGCUUCAACCAAUCGCGGAUAAUCCUAACAGAAGCGCUUCUUUCCUGCACGACACAAAGAUUAGCGAACUCAUGAAACCCUUUGAACCAGAGCCCACACUGGCAUAUCGGGCGUCUCAUGGUCCUCUCACCAACGGCGUUGAAAGCAGAAUACCAAGACAAGACUUUCCCGAAGCACAGGAAUUCCCUAAAACUCAAGACUUUUCAAAAUCUUCUCAAGACUUUUUCAAGAAUGCUCAGGAGUUCUCCAAGAUUCAGGACUUUCCUAAACACAUGCUUCAAUUUCCAAGAGUCGAGUUACACAGGAUUCCCGACAUUCCGAAAAGUUCUAGUUCUAGCGUGGCCUCGAAAAGCACUCCCGUCUUUCCGAAGAAUCCUCCAGACUACGUGACUCAAGAACUCCAGGAAUUCCUUGUGACACAAGACCCUAUCGUUUUUUCGAAGCAAGAGCUGAAUGACCUCACUGAACCAAUUCCAGAAGUCAAAAACGAGAUUAAAUCCGAACCACUUGAGGAUUUCUCUCACAACAAGAUAAAAGCCGAGCCCCUCGAAGACAUCUCUCGCAUCAAGGUCAAAUCCGAACCCCUUGAGGAAUUCUCUCGCACCAAGUCCGCUCAGAGCAUCAGCGCCUUACUUCAGGAACCCUUGGCUACCAUGCCUUCUCUCCUUCAGCAGUUCACCCAGCCUCCAAAGCCUACUCAAGAGUUCCCACCGACCUUGACCCCAAUUCUGCCGCCCGAGAUAGCAACACCAGAGCCAUUUGUCUCCACAGUCGACAUGGGCGCGCUUUCGGGUUCCACAAUUGACUCCACUCUUUCUGCGGUGAGCAUACCAAUUCUACCAAUCGCUGUUGAGGAGAAAAAGAGCGAGCACCACAAGAGCGAGAAGAAAAAGAAGGAGAAGAAACAUAAACACAAGGACAAGGACAAGAGCAAGGAGAAGCACAAACACAAGCACAAGGAUAAAGAUAAGGAACGACAUCGUGACAAGGAGAGGAAAAAGGCGGAGCAGGGGGAGAACGUUCCCACAGAGCCGAUCAAGAUCACUAUUCCCAAGGACAAGAUCAACUUGAGUAGUGAAUCUCUAGGUUCUGGUGAGAAGCUCAAGUCCCCGCCUGGCAAAAUUAAGAUCAAGAUCGCCAAAGAGAGACUUAAGGUCGCAGAGGCAAUUUCUGCCUCGCCGAUUCCACCUGUUCAGGGUCCACUCAAGAUCAAGAUUCGCACUGAUGCAAUAUCGAGGACUAGCACGAGUACUGGAGACACGACGACGCACGAGAGUCGAAAACGCGAACGGAGCGACGAGAACCCGACCACCAGCGGACCACCGACCAAGAAGCAGCAGUCGGUCUCUAAUCCUGGAUUUGUUCCGCAGAGAUCCAACGAGAGACAGAAUGGCAGGCACUAUAACUCCGGCAGUAAUAAUAAGGAGAAGCACUCGUCGAGUCAUCAUAAGAGUUCGCAUAAGUUAUCACAGCAGUCGACGUAGUGGAAACCCUAGAUAGGUAAAUAGCAAAAAAAAAUUGUCGAGUGACUUUUUCGACCGGAGCUAAUCUAUAAGACCGGAGAAAAACUGUGAAAACUCGAAAAAUCAUAUAAAAGGAAAAAAAACAUUGUACAAAGGACAUCGCCGUUGAUUUACGCCCGAGACAAAGAAAUGCCUCGAAAUUUAGACGCGUUCGUCUAUUAAGAAAAUAUUUUUCCUUCCCUUUCUCACGUGCUCCGACUUCGAUCUAAACGCCGGGGAAAAUUGCAUCAAAUAUUUCUAGUGUUUAAAUAAUAUUUCAGAAUAUUUAAUUCUCAAAUUCUAGCGUCUUUAAAGUAUUUUGAGGUCUUUUUUGUUAACACUAUCAAAUCCUUCAGACGCGAGAGAAUUAUCAGUAGGCAAAUUCUAGAAAUAUUUGAUGGCAAAUUUCCUCUGGUUUCUCACAUUUUCCGGCUUUUCGCGAUACUUUCUUAUCAAUAUAUUAUCAAUUCGGGUUGAUUCGAUGGAGCGAGAUAAGAAGAUAUAAUAAACAGGCGCUGUACGUUAGUAAAUCUAACGUAACUUAAUUUAUCGUUGCACUCUCUCGGAUAGAUUAUAAAUAUUAUAAAUAAUUAUAUAAAUCCAUGGGAAAAGGUCGGAAGCGAGAAAAGGGUGUUAUAUAAAACUCAGGUCAAAGUAGAUAUAAUAAUUGUAUGCGAAGAGGGAAAUUCUCUCCGAUUUUUUCGUUCCUAAACUUCCUCUCUCUUUGCGAUUCUGCUUUUUUAUGUUUAGAGCAUACACAGUAAUUUCUGAAGGCCAAGUAUGUAACAAUAGAUUAGAAAAAAAUGGAGGCCUCAAAAUUGCUUGAGCGUUUUGAAUAAUCCUCAAACCUGGCGUUUCCGUUCAAACUCAUGUAAAGAAAAGUAAAUGAUGAAAAAAGUAAUUUUAAAAAUAAAUUAAAUUUAGCCAGAAAUUGAAGAAAAAAAAUUAAGCUUGAGAAAAUAAAACUGAGAUUGAACUGAAAAAACUGGUUUUUACAAGCUGGACUCGAUUUUCGAGACUCCUUUUGCUUUCCAAGACUGACUAGAAUUAUUCUACGUUUAUAACGCAGACUCUCGCCGAAUUUCUGAUUUUCUCACACCGAGACAGGGAGAAAAGGGUAUUUACAUAGAGUGCAUUUAAUAUCGAAGUUUAAAAAGUCUAAAAUUCCCGGGAAUAAUUUCGGAGAGAAUUUCGCUCGAUACUCUUUCUCGUCGUGGCGACGAGUGUUCUUCGUAGACACGAAAAUGGAGAAAAAACGAGAAAAAAAAGUAAUAAGAAAAAUCGGAAAUGGAAAUGAAACGGUAGUUUGAUUUUCCAGACCCGAGAGAUAUUUAUUAAUCGACGUUUCACUCUGUAAAAUAGCCCCCUCCCUUAUCAUUAUUAUUCUUAUUACUGGUCGUGUUGUUCAGCGAACCGUCGAAUUAUACUAUCGCUAAUUUAGUAUAAUGACGAUAACAAUAUCGAUGAAAACAUUCUCAGACUGUAAAUAAAAUUAUUUUGUAUGCCAAAAUAAACCAAAUGGAUAUGACUACGACACGAUGUGACACGUACGUACACGUGAGGAUUAAACGAGAAAUAUAUAGAAAUAUUAUAAUGAUUAUUAAUUAUUAUUAUUAUUAAUUGUAAAGACACGCGCAUUACACACUCGUGUUAUUAACACUUUGAAACUUGAACCGCUUAGGGAAUCCGUGAGGACGAGAGGUUCUUGAAAAGCAGAAAAUUUAAAGAUGCAGUAAAAAAGGUUCUGUCAAAAUUUGAAUAUCGUCAGCAUUUUAUUUAUUUUUUAACUUUUCUUGUCAUUCUCAAUUGGUAUAAAUUCUAUUCCUAAAGAAUUCUUACGAUUUUUAUGAUUUUCGAUGAGAAGAUCCAUUUCAAAAAUGAAGCCCUGCAUUGUCUUAAAUAUGAGAUUUAUGAAAUUGUUAAGAGAUUUCAAAGAUAAAGUUGAUAAAGAUUUAAAAAUAGGAAUCCGAUUUUCUAUUUUUUUAAAGUUAUUUUUGAAUUUGAAAUAAAAAUUCUCAUCGAAUCUGAAAAUUUGCCGUGAAUAAUUGUACUUUUUUGAAAUCAGUUUAGAAGAUCCUUAGCCAGGAACAAAAGUAAUUUAGUGGAAUAUUUUAAUUUCUGAUAAAUUUAGUUUUUAUGUGUACGUGACAAUUGAAAAACUUAAAGACGACCUAUUAUCGUUUCUGAAUGUUUAUUUGUAUUGUGAAUAACUGGCUAUUUUAAGAAGAUAGAAAAUAGAAAUCGAGCGUUAUUCGUUUUUAAAUCAACUUUGGUGCAAUUGUUGUGAAGACUUUAAAUUUGUUCGUGUAAUUUUAUAAAAAAAAAGAAAAAAAACGAACGUUUGUCUUUAGUUGUAAGAACUUAAGUUUAGUUUAAAAGAAGUAUUUUUACAUUUUUUGUUUGUUUUUAAAUAUGGCUAAGAAUCUUUUCAAACGGAUGAGUUUGCUCAGAGCAAAACAGAAUGCAAAGUUUUUUAAAUAAAUGAAAAAAAACGAAGUUGAAAAGAUAUGCAAAAACGAUGAUUUCACUUUUCCUUUUUUACUUCAUCGAAUUCUCUUCUGUUCUUGCGAGAUGAGACAUUGGAUCUCAAACUGUUUAAUUAUUUUUCUCUUAGUUACAAAUCCUUUCUAAGUUGUUUCGUUCGUUAGUCACGAAAAAAAUGUAAUUAAAAAAAAGACUUAAGUGUAUGUUGAAAAUCAUAAAAAAUUGUUUGCUACUUUUAUUUUUGCGGAAAUAUUGCUCCGUGAUUUUUGUUGAGGGUGGAAAAUCCGAGGCAAGGGAUUCGGGACAAUAAUUUUUUUUUUAAAUCACUGUUUUUAGGAAGUUUUUUUCCUUUGUAUCUUUGUUUCAUUGUCGAGAGGCUUCAUUAAGUAUUUUCAUAGGCAGAUUGUCAUCAUUAACCGCCUCGCUGGAUUUUCAUCAAACGAGUCAUAAAUAUUAACUUGAAAGAAUUUUUUCGUUCUCUCAUGUUACUAACGUCUAUUUGUGCCGUUAUGUACCUGUAAAUAUCAAUAAAACGACGAUAUACUCAAACGAAAAAA